AUGUUCAACUUCCUCUUCACAAUCUCUGCCGCGACAGCGGCUUUAGGGGCGCCACUCGAGCGCCUCGCCCGCCGCGACAUGAAGAGCUUUGUUGAGGACAUCGCCAUCCACGAGAGCUGCACCCCUCCGCAGCACCGCAUGAUCGGACAAGGCCUCAAGGAGGCACUCGAAGUCGCAGCAUUUGCCAAGGACUACAUCGCGACCAACGGCCCCUCCGACCCGGUCUUCAAGCUCUACUUUGGCGAAAAGAAGGAGGCGUACCCCGCCGCAAUGGGUGCCUACGAUGUCCUCCUCGAUAGCAACAAGGACGGUCUCCUGUUCCGCUGCGAUGACCCCGAUGGAAACUGUCACCAACCAGGCUGGCGAGGACACUGGCGCGGCGAUAACGCCACACUCGAGACCGUCAUCUGUCCUGCGUCAUACACUGACCGCUUGUACAAUGCCGCAUUUUGCAUGAACGGCUUUGUGCUCGCUGAGGAUAAGCCAAGCACGUACUGGUCAAUCGAUCUGAUACACCGCCUCUACCAUGUCAUCGGCGAUGGAGCCAUAGCGCACUACGCUGAGAGCCUUGGCGAUGUGGUGCAACUUGCCCGUGACAAUAGCACCUAUUCGCCAGUCGACACGGAUGCGGUUCAAUACUUUGCCGCUCAUGUGUACGCGCUCGAGGUAGCCCAGGGCGGCGACGCUUGCAUAGGCGACAUCGCGGGGAAGGCGAAUGAGGUGCCCUCCAGCAAGGAGGAUGCGCCCUCAGCCUCGGUUCCUCCGGCCUCAACCAGCGAGAGCUCUACCACGACACCUGACCCAGCAACGUCUACCGGGUCUGUAGGGGGCCAGGCGGCCGGCAACGACUGUCACACGCACGCCGACGGCUCGGUCCACUGCGGUGCGGAGUGA